AUGAUCAUUAUUACACUUCCUUAUCUUUAUGCAAUCUAUGGUAUAAUCAUUAGUUUAGUUUGUUUAACAGUGUUACUUGCUCAAUAUUAUAAUUCUGAAAAACUUUUACAUUAUCUUUGUUUAUUAUGUGCUGCCAGUGCUCUUUAUGUACCGAUAUUUUUAAAAUAUCAUUCACCUUGGACGCAAUUUACAGAUGGAUUAGUUAGUAUAUUUUCAGCAGUCACUGGAUUCCUAUUUGCUUUAAAAAUUCUUGAGCUUGCUUUUACAUACGAAUGGUCAAUACAAAGACAAAUAGCAGUAAAACAGAUUCUUAUGGAUUUUUCAACAUUUCCAAAAUAUAAAUAUGAACCAGAAUUACCAUUCAUCAAAUUAAAAUCAGUUGACCCAACAAUUUUAAAUCAUCUAAAAUAUCUUAUACUUGGUACUGAUGAUGAAAAACUUUCGGCACGUCGACAAAAUAUCUUGAUUAUAUUGCGUGGUUUAUCACAAUUGAUUUGCUUACAUAUACUUCUUCGUUUAACACCCUAUUCAAUGCUUCGUCUUCAUAGUCGAAAUGCCAAUUUUUUUUCUAUAUGUCAUUUUCUAACAUAUACUCUUUAUGGAUUUAUGUUCUAUUUUGUUCUCGGCAUGAUAAUUAAUAUUGUAUUUGGUUUAAUGGGUUUUAUUUGGAAUAUUUAUAUACGUUCAAUAUAUCCAGGCUAUCCAUUUUUACCUACAAGUCUUCAUGAUUUUUGGUCACGUCGAUGGAAUAUUUAUGUCAAAUCAAUUCUUCAUCGUAUUUCUUUUAUUGCUUUACCUAAAUUAACAGGCUUCAAUGAAAAAUCGAAUGCACGCAUUAUAUCUGCUGGCAUCUUUGCAUUCUUUGUCUCAGGUCUUUUACAUGAAUUUAUGUAUACAGUAUCAAUGAAUCGAUGGUCUGGCGGAAAAAAUAUGCUUUUUUUUCUUAUCAAUGGAAUAUUUGUUGGAGUUGAACUUGUUUUUCAAGAAGUGCUCAAACAAAAACAAAUAGUUCCACCAGUCCUUGGUUGGAUUUAUACAAUAGUAGCUUUAUAUUCAACAAGUUCUCUUUUUUGUGAUCCCUGGAUUGAGGUCGAUUGUUUCGCUACGUUGAAAACACAUUUGGGAUAA